AUGCCAGGCGCCACCAGAUCCCGAUCCGCCUCACGCGAGCGCCGCGUCCGUGGAGAAGGCCGCGCUACGACAACGGAGGAAGACGAUCCCGAGGACGAGCAACGCAUGGCCCGGCUUCCGCGCGAGGUCCGCGCCAUCCGCCGCCGCCUCGACAAGCACGAGCAAGCCUCCGCAGACACCUCGGCAGCUCUGGUCGCGAUGCAAGGUGAGAUGUCUCGCAUGACUCAGAUGUUAGCCGUGUUAUUUACCACCCUGCCAUACGCUGGUGCCGCCGCGAUUGCACCCUCCUCCCUCCCCAGUCUCGCUGCUAAACAAACCUCUACCCAAAGCCACCUCCUUUCCACGCCACCACCGCUGUCUCACGUUUCCCUGUCACCGAUCUUAGAGGUUACCACGCCGGCACCAACCCCGGUCACUACCCUCCCAACACCUCCCCAAUUCGGCGCCUUGACGCCGGAGAACCUGCCUCACCCAACCUAUCCACCUAAAGUUACCACCUUUGCUCCACCCACGACGCCGAUGUACACCUACACUGCGCCGCUCGUCACCACUACCACCGUCAACACCACACCACCUCCGAUCCAGCACAUCCAUCAAGUGUCGAACCCAAAUACAAAUCCACAUAUGUACCAACAUCUACCACCCUCCUCCAUCCCCAACACCAGCCAACAACCAUACUUCCCACACCAAUACCACCCUCCUUUCAACCAACCACAACACCUACCACCACCUCAGACCCCAUACACACAGCCACAACCUCCUCAACGAUUCCCAACCCAACCACAGAACCAGCCCAACUAUGAGGUGAAGCCCCAAGGUCCUGGCUGCUUGAAUGCGAAGACAUUCUGGAUCUGGUCAACAUCCCAGCAGAGCACAGGGUGA